CCACCAAACAUAUCCCAUUGUGCAGAUACCAAGGCACUUCUCCUGUCCUGGGAAGGGACACGGAGGUUUACCUCUCUGCCUGUGGGCAGCUGGUGGUGAGGUGCUGUCAUCUCAUCUCUGCUGGAUCCUGCCAAGCUUCAUCUCCUGAGCUGUCUGGCUCCAUAGGUGCUCAUUGCUGGAUGUGUACACUUUGCAUCGCUGAGAUUGGAUGAUGACCCACACCAAGUCUCUAGAUCCCUUGCCCCUUGGGGCAGUGGGGAGGAGAAGAUCUGGUAUGCCGGCUGUUGACAGAAUGACUUCUUCUGGUCCAGGUUCCUGGUUCACCACAGAGGAUGCAAUGAGGAAACCAGUGCAUUCGAAGCCACCUGUGUCACUGGGUAUGUACAGGAGCACGUACAAGAAGGAGUACAAAUGGCAUGAGGAAAACAAACCACCCACUGAAGAGGACGUGAAGAAGCUCAGAGACAAGGAGUUUGCCGUGCCCCAAGAGCCACAGGCAAUGCCAUACUAUGACAAAGCUCUCGGGGAAGGGAGAGAAGUCACACGAAGUGAGAAGCAAGAAGGCAUUACCCUCAGUCCCAGUGUGCUGCAGCAGACUCACGAAGAGCAGAGAAAGCACUUCAAUUCAGACCUCCCCCUUGCAGAAAGCCAUGCACCAAAGCAGUACCUCACCACUGAACUGACUGCAACCCAGGCGGACAGACCAGAGAGGCCACAGGCUCUCAGUGGGCUGGAGAAGGAACUAUCUUCUUCCCAGCACCUUCAAGCCGCUGUUGGUGGCCCAGGAGCAACAGGGAUGUUGCUGUAUAGGCAGAAGCUGGAUCCCACCUGGGGUACCUACCAGCACUUCAUGCUGGAGACAGGCCAGGCCCUGCAAGAUGAGGCUCAGCAGAACAAGAAUAUGGCCCUGGCCUCAUCAGUAUUGGUGAAAGAGUGCUUUGACCAUGACCGGAGAAGUACCUACAGCACCGACUUCCAGCACCAGCCUGCAGCCUACACUGGAAGCUGUAUAGCAAAUAAGAAUCUAUCUCACAUUUUCACUGAAGAUGAACACUUCCACCAGAACCGCUGGGUGUCUGAAUACAAGGACAACUACAGCAUUUACUUGCAGAAGCUGAACUGGGCAUCUCAAGGCCGCACUGCAGAACUUGGCUCUGCCUUGAAGCCCCAAGGGCUGUCUUCCCAGAGUGAGGUUUCAUCAGACACAGCCCAAUGAGUGCUGCUGCACGAGCAGAGUGAGCUGUCGCUACAGUCACUGUAUUUCCAGCAAUGCCAGAACAAGGUGACAUCCAUCUCCAUUUUUAAAUGGCUUUGUGGCCAGAAAAGAAUUGGGUUUGUGGUUUUUUUUUUUUGUGUGAACAAAUAUAGCUUUGAAGGAAUCCCUCUUUCCCCCAGUUUCAUCCCCAGAAAGGAGAGGAAAAGUGCCUGAAUGUGAGCUCCAGCUUCCUGGGGAGAGGCAGAAACCAGAGGCUGGAGAUGACAGUCACCCACUAAGCCACUUCAGUGCUGCAGAAUAGACACCAUCCUACAUUUCAGAGAUGGCUCUUCUGGGACAAGCAGUGCCUGAGUCACCUCCUCAUAAAGCUGCUCCCAGAAUCACGUUUUCCAUAAUUACUUCACAUCGUAUA